AUGGCAGCCAUAAGAGCUUUUAGUCCACAACUCUCUAUUCGUUCUCAGACCAAUUUAUUUCCUGCAUGCAAACCCUCCCGCUUUCCGUUGACGUCAUUUCCCGGUAAGCAUGCACAUCUUGUUCCUUUGAAAGCCACUACUCUUACUCUGGCUUGUGAAGAUGAAGAAAACAAUCGCAAGUUCAGAAAAUUGGGCCCUUCUGAGUGGCGUCAUAAAUUCCUCUCCGCUCAUGUUGACUUCUCAGAAAUGGAUGCGCUUGGGAGACUAGGAGAGAGAUAGAGGCCAAAAGUGAGGGACAUGUUUAUAGGAAGUAAAUUAAGCAAGAAGAACAUCAUUUUUAUCUAUUUGCUUGUGAGCCUUGGAGUCACGUAUCAUUUCGAAGAUGAGAUCAGAGAGAGUAUAAAAGAUGGUUUCCCAAACAUAGAGGAGAUGAUCGCGGGUGAAGAUGAUUUGAUAUUCAAAGGGGACAAUGGAGAAUUUAAGGAAUGUCUUGCCGGAGAUGGUAAGGGUAUCCUGAGCUUGUAUGAAACUGCUCACAUUGGGACGACAACAGAUUAUAUAUUAGAUGAAGCCUUGAGCUUCACAUUGAGUUACUUGGACUCGUUAGCUGCAAGUGGAACAUGCACACCUAAUCUCUCAAGGCGUAUACGAUAUGCUUUGAGCUUGAGUCUACCGCAGCAUCAAAACAUGCAGAUAUUAGUCGCAAAGGAAUAUAUCUCGUUCUACGAAGAAGAAGAAGAUUGCAACAAGACGGUACUAAAGUUUGCCAAACUUAACUUCAACUUCGUACAGCUACAUUACCUUCAAGAACUCAAAAUGCUUUCAAAAUGGUACAAGGAACAGGACUUUGAUUCUAAGUUGCCACCUUACUACAGAGACAGAUUUGUGGAAUUGAACCUGGCUACACUGGCUUACACCGAGCCAAAACACUCACGUGUGAGGAUAAUGCUGACUAAGUUGUACACGAUUCAAAUCAUUCUAGAUGAUACGUGUGACAGAUAUGCUUCUCUUCGUGAGGUCGAAAGCCUCGCCAAUGCCAUGGAAAGGUGGGAUAUCGAUGAUGAUGCCAUGGAUGGACUACCAGAUUAUUUGAAACAUGUGGCUAAAUUUAUAAUUGAUACAUUCCAAGAGUUUGGAAGACAGUGCAAAAAUUUGGUGAGAGCCAACCUUCAACUCGCGAAAUGGGCAAGAGCGGGUUACUUGCCAAGCAUUGAUGAGUACCUAGAUGUUGCUGGAGUAGAGAUCGCUGUAUAUUUUACCUUGGCAGGUAUUUUGAUGGCUAUGGAUCACAAUAUUUGCAAGAAAGAAGCUUAUGAUUGGUUGAAAUCUAGAGAGAAACUAGCUAAAGCAAUGACUAUAAAAGCACGAGUGGUGAAUGAUAUGUUUGGCUAUCAGGAUGACAUGAGCAGAGGAUAUGUCACGAACUCGGUCAACUGUUAUAAGAAGCAAUAUGGAGUUACUGAAGAAGAAGCCUUUCGAGGGCUUCGUCAAAUGGUUGCAGAUGGUGAUAAGUUGAUGAAUGAGGAGUUUUUGAAGCCAAUCAAUGUGCCACACGAGGUUCUUAAGCUAUUCCACGACACUUUACGUGCGAUUAAUGUUUCCUACGACAAGGACGAUGGAUUUACCCGCCCCGGUAAACAUCUCAAGAGCCAUAUCACGUCCAUGUUUGGUGAUCUAAUUUGA